AGCUCCUGCUCCUCUCCAAAGUCCAAAUGAUGCCAUCCUCACCAGUUACUUAACCAAUCCUUAACCUUAAUAACGGUUAUAAAAAAUUGUUCGUUCAAACAGUCGGGUAGGUUUAUCUAUCGUACGCCUGUGCUGCAGAAGUCCAGACUAGCAAUGGGCAUGGAGCAAGGCGGAUCUGCAGAAGCUGCAGAGACAGGCAAACUGCAGUGCAGAGGCGGUGGUGGGCACCCACCGCCACGCUGGCCGCACCUCGUCUUCGUCUUCCUCCCCCACCCAGCUCAGCGACACCCUUAAACCACGCCAAAAACCAGCUUGCGAUUCCCCCUCCUACUAAUUCCCACGCCUCGGCCUCCCCUCUCCUGUCCUGCCUCGAACGGAUCCCCAACCACUCCUCCCCGCACCCGCCCGUCCCCCUCUCUUCCAGCCAUGGAGGAGGGCUUCGCGCGCGCGGUGGAGGACGGCCUCAAGCUUACCAAGCGCCUCGUCCAGUCCGACGGCAGCGUGCUCCCCCCGCCGCGCCCGCUCGCGGGGAUGGAGAGGGACCCCGCCGCGACCGGGCCGCUGCAGCACCUGCUGCCGGCGGCGCCGAUGGCGUACGCGGUCGUCGUGGACCCCGGCGCCGUCGACAACCCCGACGUGCCCAGCUACCAGCCGCACGUCUACGGCUGCCUCGACCCGCCCGCGCUCAUCCCGCUCCAGAUGCGGGAGGUCGACCUCCGGGUCGACUGCGCAGCGGUGUGCGCCGAGGUCACCGUGCGCGCGCGCUGGUGGGUGCACUGCCUCACGCGCAGCCGCGCCUGCGACUGCCGCAUCGUCGUGCCCAUGGGCCACCAGGGUUCAAUCCUAGGCGCUGAGGUCACUGUUGGGAAAAGAUCAUACAAUACUCAUAUAAUUGAUAUAGAGGAUAACAGCGCGGCGAAGAUUGCAAAGCCUGAGAGUGGGGGUCUGUUAAAACAAGAGUUGUUUUCCUUGACAAUACAACAGGUUGGAGGUGGAGAAGACAUUUUUGCCACAAUUAGAUGGUCACAGAAGUUGCUAUAUGACAACGGACAGUUUUCUGUUGAAAUACCUUUUCGCUUCCCGCAGUUUGUGAACCCUUUGCCAAAAUUUUUCAUGAAAAAGGAGAAAAUACAGUUGACUGUGAAUAGUGGUGUCAGUAAAGAGGUUUUAUUGCAGGGGACAAGCCAUCCCUUGAAGGAAAGAAGUCGGCAAGGUGAGAAAUUGUCCUUCCUUCAUGAAGCAGUUGUUGAGAACUGGUCAAGCAAAGAUUUUACCUUCGCAUAUAGUGUUUACUCAGGUGAUUUGUCUGGUGGGGUUCUUGUGCAGCCCUCAACAUUGCGUGACUAUGAUGAUAGAGACAUGUUCUGCAUUUUUCUUUUACCUGGAAAUAAUGAGAAAAGAAAGGUUUUCAGAAAGGCAGUUGUUUUUAUUAUUGACACAAGUGGAAGCAUGCAAGGAAAGCCUCUUGAGAAUGUUAAGAAUGGCAUAUCCACUGCUCUCUCUGAUCUUGUGCAAGGAGAUUACUUCAACAUAAUAACAUUCAAUGAUGAGCUUCGCUCGUUCUCAUCAUGUUUGGAGAAAGUCAAUGAAAAAGCAAUAGAAAAUGCUAUCAAAUGGAUGAACUUAAAUUUUGUCGCUCAGGGUGGCACUGACAUCAUGCAUCCUUUGAGUGAGGCAAUGGCUUUGUUGUCAAACUCUCAUGAUGCUCUUCCACAAAUCUAUCUUGUUACCGAUGGCUCAGUUGACAAUGAACGCAAUAUCUGUCAUACUGUGAAAACUCAGCUCAUGAGUAGAGGGUCUAAAUCUCCACGGAUUUCUACUUUUGGACUAGGUUCAUAUUGCAACCACUAUUUCUUGAGGAUGUUGGCAUCAAUUGGUAAGGGUCACUACGAUGCUGCAUUUGAUACAGGAUCAAUUGAGGGUCGAAUGCUUCAAUGGUUCCAGAAAGCGUCAAGCACAAUAGUGACAAAUAUUUCCAUUGAUGCAGUGAAGCAUAUUCAAGAAUUUGAAGUGGAUUCUGAAUAUAUUCCAGAUAUUUCUGCAAAAUAUCCAAUGUGUGUGUCUGGAAGGUACCAUGGCAAGCUUCCGGAGACACUUACCGCCAAGGGUCUCUUGGCUGACAUGAGUGAAAUAUCCAUUGAAUUGCAAGUCCAACAUAUAAAGGAUAUACCUCUUGACAAAAUGUUGGCAAGGCAACAGAUGGAUCUUCUCACAGCAAAAGCAUGGCUUUCUGAAAACAAGCAGCUCGAAAGAAAGGCUGUGAAAUUAAGCAUACAAAAUAGCAUUCCUUCCGAGUACACACGCAUGGUCCUACUUCAAACCAGCUUGGACAAAAUAGAUCCAGCACAACAGGCAAAGAAGAAACCAACAAAACAAAGCAGCCCAGAUGAACUAUCAGCGGCACCGCUUCACGGCUUAACUCUUGGAUUUGGUGAUGUCGCGGCGACAAGGGAGAAUCUGAUAACAGGAUUUGGAGACAUUAAAGCACGAGAGAAGUUUGAGAUAUUCCAGACGGCUGCCGGGUGCUGCAGCCGCAUGGCCGACUGCUGCUGCUGCAUGUGUUUCAUCAACGUGUGCAGCAAGAUGAACGAUCAGUGCGCCAUUGUCCUGACGCAGGCCUGCACUGCCCUCGCAUGCCUUGGAUGCUUCGAGUGCUGCUCGGCAUUGUGCUGCGGCCGGGCGGACUGACAGCAGCAAAAUCGCCGUGAUUGUGUUGUACGGUAAUGUGAAUAGCGCUAUUACUGUAUAGGGUGGACAUCAUAUGUUUAUCUGUGUAUAAACCAAAAAUCAGGUGCAGUGUCCACGUAAUUCUAACCCGCUGUAUUUAAAGACAAGCGACGGCUCAAUCCCACAAGAGAGAGGAGUACAUAAACCAUGUACACGUUUGUGCAUUGCUUCAGGUCCUAGAGUGAACCACUCACAACGAGGAUGGUUACACUUCACUAUCCAUAUCUACUCUUUUGAUUUC